GCAGGGCCCCCGUGUCCCAGCACACCGGGGCUCUUGCUCCGCGGACGCAGCGCCGACAGCGCGACCACGGAGGGAUCGAGGUGACGUUUUACUCUGCCGUCUGUGUUUUGGACACGUUCUUACAAUGGAGUUCCCUGAUUUGGGGAAGCACUGUUCAGAAAAAACGUGCAGGCAGCUAGAUUUUCUUCCGUUAAAAUGUGACGCGUGUAAACAAGAUUUCUGUAAAGAUCAUUUUACCUACGCUGCACAUAAGUGUCCCCUUGCAUUCACCAAGGAUGUUCGGGUCCCGGUGUGCCCACUCUGUAACAGCCCCGUCCCAGUGAAGAAGGGGGAGAUCCCUGACGUGGUGGUCAGUGCGCACAUGGACGGAGAAUGUCGGCGUCCUCCCGGGCAGGAGACGGCGAAGGUGUUCACGUUCCGCUGCUCCAGAGAGGGCUGCAGGAGGAGGGAGAUGCUGCGGGUGGCGUGUGAGGAGUGCCGCGGCAGCUUCUGCCUCCAGCACAGACACCCUCUGGACCACGGCUGCGCCCGCGGAGGCCGCCCCGCCAGCUCAGCCGGGUGCUUGGAUCCCGGGCCAUCGGGGGCUUCCCGCGAGGGGCUGGGCGGCUGGCUGGCCCGGCACUUCAGAUUCAAAGUAAAGCCAUGACGUGAUUGAUCCUGCCCAGACUGGCCUGUUCUCGUAUGUUACCUGCACUUUGCGGGUAACUUUAUGCCCCAGCAGGUCCCUGCUUCCCACACGAGCAGGUCUGGCCUGGGUGUCCGUCAAGGGGCUUCUGUCACUCAAACCAUCGACAGCGGGUCACACGACAUCUUCCCCGUGCGGCUGCUGUGGUGAUCGGCCAUCGAUCCCAGGUGGACGGGGACUGCCUGCCCCGUAGGGGUCCUUGUCCAGGUGGCCCACCGCUCUUGCUGCACCGGGAGGAUAGCCGUGACCCUCUGGUUGCAGGCGUUGCGGUGACGCCAGGAGACUCUUGCCUCGCGGGGCUUCGGGAGCCAGGAAAGCCGAUGGAGAGGAUGCAGUCUGGUUGGGUCCCCAUCAUAACCCACGGAGCACACAGCCUGGAUGCCAGACAAAAACCCGCACAGCUACCCCUUGUUUUCUGGGUCUAGAGCCUCAGGAUAUGAUGGAGGGGCGGUGUGUUGGGGUCCUAGUCCGCAGGUGGGUGAUGCGGCUGUUUGUGGCCUCAUCUGGUUAGUGGUGGCAGGUCUAGGCUGCUGGCUCUCUAGAUGUGCCAGGGCUGCCCCCGCCGCAUUCCUGAUGUUGUGGGCCUCCGGGCCACGUGCACAAAGCGCUUCCCGGGGUCCGGGUCCACUGGCGGCCACUAGCUGGUGUUCGGAAGCACCGGUGAGUGUCGGGGACUGGAGUGUGUGUUUCUCAACUGCGAGGUUCAUGGUGUCUGUACACAGGUCAGGUCUUCCUCAGGAGAGGUUAAUGUCCAAACUGAGACUCGGUAGCGCUGGAUUUUGAAGACAAUACCAAAAAAAAAAAGUCUUGUUACAAAUAUUUACUGGUUGAAAUAGUAUUUUGGAUACAAUGGAUUAAAUAAAGUAUUAAAAUGAA